AAAUGACACAGUUAACAUCAUCAAUGCAUGAAAACUAACGCUAAUUCAAAUUAUUACCCUGUUAAACAAAGACUUGACUUAUGAUUAAACAUCGGAGGAAAGCAGCGGCAUGUGAUCUUACAGGUACUGUCCAGAAGAGCCAGUUAAUAAGCAGUGGUCUGUUAUAAAUAUCCAGUGCAAACACUGCCUGCCAUAUUGCUACAACUUGAACCAACAUGGAGGCGCCCAAGAAAUAUGAUCGGAAAGCUGCUAUCAAGGCAUCCUACAAAUCAUCAUAUGGCAAUCGCCAAGCAGGAAGGGGCCAGGCUCUGAUAGCAAAGGAUGCUCUGAAGAAAAAGUAUGAGCUUCAAAAGUAUAAAGAAGAGUUAAGAAAAAGAAAACAGCAAUACUAUGCAACAGAGAAGCAGGAGGUGUCUGAAGCGGAGCUGCGGUUCCUGCCCGCGAUGGUGCGAGACGACCCAGAGCAAAAGGAGGAAGAACAGGAUGAAGACAACCAAAACAAACGCAAGAAAUAUUCCAAGUUGACGAGAGCGAAGUUUGAGUUCAAGAGGAAUGUCUCGGAAAGACAGCAGCAAAAAGCAGAGCAAGCUCGCCUUCAGCAAGAGAAGCAAGCACGACUCAAAGCCAAGAAAGAAGAGGCGCUUAGACGUAACAAAUGUUUCUCGCAGAAAACGAAGCGUGGUCAACCUCUGAUGUCCGCACGCAUGGACCUCCUCAUAGAAAAAAUAAAUUCCAAGUGGGGCGAUAAAAAACAAUUAUGACAGAUCUCUCACUUUGAAUUUUUCUAAUAAGUUAUGCAUCAACGUGAAUUACGAGGUAAGGUGUUGCUGACGCAGACUGUGAUAAUCUUAAAUUAAAUUUUCAUUGUCUGAACUCA